UUUAAACACCUUUUUGUUGAUACUCUUUAGUUCCAAACUCACUCAUUAAUAAAUGUUUGAAAUUCUUAGUUCUAUAAUUUGUGGUACUAUUUAACAUGAUGCAGGAGAUUUAUCAAGUGAACUUGAGGAACAAUAGUAGUCUUGUCAAUUAACUUGGAACUGGAGUUAUGCACAAACCAAGUUAUUUGGGUAACUCCACUGAUGUUAUAUUGUUAUAUAGUCCCUAAGAAAAUCCUAAUGCUCCUCUGAUUUUCCAUUCCUUGUACUCUGAUAAAGAAAACGUACUUGCAAAUAUGCUGUUAUGCGGUUUAUGCCUAAUGCGUCGGUUUAUGUGAGCGAGAGAUGGUGUAGGUAACAUGCCUUGCCUCAAGCUGCAAGGGCAAGCAAUUGUUCGACGACAUCAAAAGCCAAAAGAACAAAAUAAAAAGAAACAAGAUACUAAUAAGAAAGAGAAUGAAGUAAAUUAUUCAAAAAUGUCUAAAGAAAACACAGAUCCUACCUCCUAGUCUAGUUCCAUUUCAUCCACGAGAUAAAAUAUGCGCCAUGCCUUGGUACCAUGCAACCGUCAGAUUGCCUUACUAAACUUGUUAUGAAUAGUAACUCCAUGUCUAUCUAAGGGCCAGGGAUUAAAGGAAAAAAUUAACCUCUACUGAACGGUCGUAUACGAGGAGACUGGCAUUCAAUGCACGACUAAUGCUUUUUUAGUUGAUUGACGACAUAUCAACUGGCAAGAUUUAUUUUUUGAAAGGAGAGAAAGAUUACUUAACUUUUAUAGAUCAUUUUUUACUGUAAAUUUUGGUUGUUGGAUGUUGGAGAGGUUUGGGUUUUGAAUUUUUGAUUCCACUAAGAGUCUGCAAAGAAAAUGAAGAAAUAAUCUAUUUCAGUUCAUCUGGGUAUCAAGGAAAUCAUCAUCAUUUUCUUAAGGAUUUUGAAGCUACUAGAGUGUGAAGGGAGAUAUUGGAACAAGAAACAUGGAUGUGGUACUGGAGGAUAGGAUCAGUGACUUGAACGAUCCAAUUAUUCAUCAUAUUUUCUCAUUUCUUCCAAUUAAAAAUGUAGUUGCUACAACUGUUUUAUCUAAAAGAUGGAAUAACUUGUGGAUCUCUACUCCUAUUCUUAACAUACACACUUGCCGUAAGUCAGAUUUAAGUUUAACUUAUGAUGAGAGAACACUCAGAUUACUCACUGGUAUGAGGUGUGAAGAGACUUGUGGACUGGUCAUUAUUCUGAAUAGAAUGCUAAUACCUUCUACUUCAGCGGUUCCUAGUAAUAUGACAACUAUUAAGAAAUUUCAUCUCAAGUAUCAUGCUUAUUGUGAAUUUGAGGGUAGAUUGUUCAGUAUUAGUUGGAUUUAUAAAUGGAUCUCUAAUGUAGUAAUGCGUAAAGUUGAAGAAGUCACUCUCUCUGUAGGAAAAGGCUACAUUUUGCCUACAUGUUUAUUCACUUGUGAAACCUUGACUAUGUUGGAUAUUAAAAUGGGUGGGGAUCUUUCGUCGAAAAUUAAGAAAACAGGGACUUUUGAUUUUCCUCAAUCAUUUUCACUUCCAAGGCUCAAGAUCCUUCACCUUAUGCGCAUGGUGUUUGUGGAUGAGGAUUUGAGUGCACAACUAUUUUCGAACUGCCCUGUCCUGGAGGAAUUGGGGUUAACCCAUUGCUACAUGGUGAAAAAGAAGGUUUUAUGUAUUUCAGUUGCUUCAUUGAAGCGGUUAUUCAUUACCAACUCCAGGACAUAUAGUUGUAAGCUCAACAUACAUUGUCCAAAUCUACAGUCUCUAACACACAGUGGCAUACCGGAUGAUUAUGUUGAAAUGGAACAUGGGUUUUCAUCCCUAGUCAAUGCAGACUUUAACAUCGCUUAUGAACUUCAACGAAGGAAAACAAGGCAAUGUGGUCUAAAAAACCUUAUUGGAGGGGUUUCAAAUGUAGAGUUUCUGACAAUUUCUGGUGACACCCUCAAGUCUCUCUACUUGGAACAUUGCUUAACUGAAUUGCCUAGCUUUCAUAAUUUGAGACGACUGGAAGUGAAUUCGAAGUCUAACCGAGCAAAUGCUUGGGCAUUUUUUGAUCUUCUCCAUAGCUUGCCUAAUUUGGAAUUACUUGUCAGUACUCCAGGUUUUCAUCCAAAACCAGAUCACUGUGAUUUUCAGAGAAUAAGGGCGCCAGAGUGUGUGUUGCUGAAGUUGAAAGCUGUGGAAUUUCGGAGUCUUUUUUGCCAGCAGGUGGAACUCAAUAUUAUAAAAUUCUUUCUGGCGAACUCACUUGUUCUGGAGACUAUGACACUUGUGUUCUGCCCAACUUCAAGGCAAGGCCGGAAGGACAGAUUUAUGAAGACGGUACAGAUGUUUCCGAGAGCCAAUACAAGAAACUUUGUGGCGUUUUUCUUCUUUCCUUAUUUUGAAUUAGCAUCAACAACUUAGGGUUGUUACUUGUUACUGUUGUCUCCAACACUACAACUUCUUGAUGGUUUUUUGUAAACUGAUAAUUGUAGACGCAUUUUGU